CGUUUCCAUGGGAUCGCCAUGGGAAUACCUAGUACCUGUUGUUAAAGUUCUAAAAACAUUGAUGGCAGCCACGAGAUAGUUCAGAUACACUCUGAUCACAAUGUUGAUCGACACACCUUGAUGAGUAAGGGUAGAAAUACUUGAGUGCUUCUCUUCAAACAGAAAAAGGCCUGCAUUAUAAACGCUUACCAACCAUUUCCGGCCAAUUCUGACUUGGUGGUGAAAGCUCGACGUUUGUAACUCACUGUCUGUUGUUUUGGAUUGGAUUUGAAAUCUGGGAAGAUUUGCAAACAUGGCUAACUCCAGUACUCCGUGUCCAGCUCUUGAUAUGUCUUAUAGGUGUGAUAAAAAAGGCAGUGGCUCGCUCCUUUUGCCUAUUUUCGACGAGAGAAGUUGGGGUGAAGGAACACGAACGGCCUUGUACUUGAUCACACUGUUUUGGUGUUUUAUGGGUGUAUCCAUUGGAGCCGAUCUCUUUAUGUGUGCUAUCGAGACGAUAACUAGCAAAACAAAGCGAAUCAAAGUUGCCUCACAGGAAGAGGGUAAAGGGUAUGAAGAAGUGGAGGUCAGGGUGUGGAACGACACUGUUGCCAAUCUUACCCUCAUGGCUCUUGGGUCGUCAGCCCCCGAAAUCCUCUUGUCUAUCAUUGAAAUUGUUGGUAAUAAUUUCAAAGCAGGAAAACUUGGGCCUGGAACCAUAGUUGGAUCUGCAGCCUUCAAUCUACUUAUAAUCACAGCAGUAUGUAUAAUAUCAAUUCCUAAUGGCCAAACCAGAAGCAUAAAGUCGUACAAAGUAUUCAUCGUUACAGCGACAUUUUGCGUUUUUGCAUACAUAUGGUUGUAUAUUGUGCUGCAAGGCGUAUCACCCAAUCGUAUCGAAAUCUGGGAGGCUGUCCUCACGUUUGUACUUUUUCCAAUCAUGGUCAUACUUGCAUACAUCGCAGACAAGGACUAUUGUGCUGGGAAAAUCGACUCUAAUGAAAAGCCAGCCAUUGAAAUGGGGUCUCUUGAGCUUCUGAAAGAAGACUACCUUAAAAGACAUUACCCUGAUGUUGUAUCGUUUAUGAAGGAAGUCACCGGCAACCCAAGAAUCAGCGACGAAGAAGCUGCAAAGCUCAUUGCUAUGAGAAUAGAAUCUGCAAAGACCAAGAAUUAUGGCUACUACAGAGUUAGUGCAUUAAGAAACUUUGGUGGUGGAAGGAAAGUUGUACCCCAUGUGGAGCCGAAGCUACAGUCGAUCUACAACGAAGCGUCUGAUGCAGAACUGACCGGGAGCCAUUUGGCACUUGUCGAUGUAGAUGGAACAGCCAAAAUCCAGUUCACAGCAACGUCAUAUGCAGUUUUGGAGAAUGAAAAAGUUGUUCACAUUGGAGUAGAGCGGUCUGGCAAUCCGAAGUCUCUUGUUACCGUCCACUACGAGACUAUUGAUGGCACUGCGGAGGCAGGCUCUGACUAUAUCGGAAAGAAAGAGCUACUUCAGUUUCUACCAGAUGAAUUGCACAAGUACAUUGACAUUGUGAUCAUAGACGACAAUGAGUGGGAGCCAGAUGAAACAUUCUUCGUCAAGUUGUGGUGUGACCCACAGGAUACAGCAGUGAAAAUUGGAAAACACAGUGUUACCGAGAUUACGAUCAUUAAUGACGAUGAGCCUGGCAAUAUCGAGUUUACAAAACCCAGUAAUAUCUAUAAGGAGAGCACAGGUGUCGCAGAGAUAGAACUGCAGAGAAUUAACGGUGCAGAUGGCCAGGUGUCGGUAAAAUGGACCACAACGGACCAGUCAGCUGUCAAUGGCAAAGACUACAUUGGCGGUGAAGGCACUGUGGUAUUUGAGCAUGGGGAGACAAUGAAAGUUCUCGGAAUUGAGUUGAUAGAUGAUAAGACAUUUGAGAAAGAUGAAACAUUCAUGAUCUCUUUGUCGGAGCCUACAAAUGGAGCGAAGGUUGGUCGUCUGAAAAGGACCGUUGUCACGAUUGUCAAUGAUGAUGAUUACAGAAGAAUGUUCGAUCGAGUUGUAAGCAUGACGCACAUGAACCUUCAUAAAUUUUCCCUCGGAUCUGCUACAUGGGGUCAACAGUUCGCAGAAGCAAUGUCAGUUAACGGUGGCGAUGUGGAGAACGCAACUGUUCUGGAUUACAUAAUGCACUUGAUGACGUUUGGAUGGAAGGUCAUCUUCGCAUUUGUGCCCCCGUGCAGCUGGUUAGGUGGCUGGCUUGCAUUCGCCGUCUGUAUCAGUAUGAUUGGUAUUUUGACUGCCUUAAUUGGAGAUUUAGCAUCAAUAUUCGGCUGCCUGAUUAGGUUGGACACGGAGGUGACAGCCAUCACAUUUGUUGCUCUUGGUACCAGUUUGCCUGAUCUGUUUGCCAGUAAAAAUGCUGCGAUGAAUGAAAAGUAUGCCGAUGCCUCUAUAGGCAAUGUCACUGGCAGUAACUCUGUCAAUGUGUUUCUUGGUCUUGGCACAUCUUGGGUCAUCGCUUCGAUUUAUCACGCUUCAAAGGGUUCACAAUUUGAAGUUGAUGCUGGAUCCCUCUCAGUCAGUGUCGUGACGUACACUAUCUGUGCUUUGAUAUGCAUUUCCAUAUUGGUGUUGCGUCGAUACUUGGCGGCCUUUGGCAAAGGAGAGUUGGGUGGAACGCCACUGCUGAAAUGGGUUUCUGGUAUCAUACUUAUUUCUCUAUGGUUUAUAUACAUCAUCGUAUCAGCUAUGAAGGCAUAUAACAAAUUCUAGUCUUCUCUUUUUUCUCCGAUAACUGCUUUUUAGCUGUAAUAUGGGUUUUUAGGAUCAGAGUUCAAAAUUUCGACCCUCACUUUGAUACCAAUAAUAACAAAAACUUUUUAAAAAAGGAGAACAGGAACAUUCUCCCGUGUUUAUGAACGCUUGAAGUUCAAAAUCAAAUCGGGCUUAAGCGAGUCUAUGAAACUGGCAGAUGAGACAAUGGAAUGAAAUAGGCUAUUCAGCGGCUGUGGUGUGACAAAGAGGACCCCCUUUAAAGGCACCAUAUACUGUCGGUCAACUGAUCACCUUAUCAAAAGGCUUUACGGGCUCUGUGGGAACCUUAAAUAUCAACCGAUGGGAAUUUAGGUGACCACGAAAAUUCAUCGGGACAUCGUGCAUUAAGCGAUUAUUGGUUGUUAGAAGACCCAGCUCUAACUCAUCCUAAUGUUAUCUGUAGAAACAACCAAUAAAGACAACGGCUCACAGUUUCCUGCUAUUAUCUCCUUCUCUAAUAGAAUCCUAUGCACGCUUUAAUGGAUCAUUUUGAUCCCAUUCAUUUGGUACAUCCGACCUGAGCCUUUUCUUAAGUGACAAAAGAUGUAACGUCAAAACUUCACAAAUUUACGAACGGAAUCAGGCCCACGAAGACAGGUUUUUUAAGUCAUGCUACUUUUGAACAAUUCCCUCGUCAGCUAUGUACAAUUUAUUGUUGCUUAUGCCAAUCCGGUCCCAUUUAUAUUUUACCCUUUGUGUGAGAUCCUAUGUAGACAUAUCAGGUAGGGCCUGUCAAAUUACAGUUGAUCUAAAAAGUUACUUUUAUUUAAACGUUUUUCUAAAAAGUUUUUUUAUUUAAAUCAUUUUGUCUUAAUUUUUUUCUGAAUUAUUUAUCAAAAAAUAAAUAAAUUAACCACACGUAAAUCAUUUUCAACGCCAGUCUCCAUUUGUCUACUAAACUGGGCAAUGCUGAGACCAGUCUUUUUACUGAUGUUCCCGUCUUGAUGUUAUUGGUAAUGCUAUGUUUAUCUCAUCAAUUCGAAUAGAUAAAGACGACUUUUCAACUCUAAGUUUUGCAGCUGACUGCCCCUUUCGCAGCCGUUUGUGUUAAUUAUACAUUUAUGCCUUUUUUACAUAGUAAUUGCAUUUAUAUGUCAAUCCAUCUGUUUAUAUUUACCCUAUAAUGACAAGUAUCCUAGCCUUCCAAGCAUACGUCACAAAUUAAAAUAAGCCACAUUCCUCGCAGACAAGAAACCCAUGACUAAAAUUCAAGCUCGAACACAUCACUUAUCACAUUCCACUGUUUAAUUUCCUGCAUUAUUUUUUCAAAUACAUAUUACCUUAAUUAUUGCAAUGGUAGAAUAUUCGAAAAAACGUUUUAUUUGCUUGGGUUCUAACGAACCUCGCAUCUUUUAAUUGCCAAGCUCAAAUGCACAUUUGCAUCCGUUUCGUCGUGUAUAUUAAACAAGGGGCUACAGAGAUCUUUAAUAUAUUGCUUUUAGAAUUCAUAUAGUUUUUAUUGUAAUGUAAACAGUCGUGGGGAAUUUUCGGAUGGUAUAAAUUAAGCACGAUGAUAUCGAAAGAUUGUGGUCACUAUCAGUAAAAUUGUCUUGUAACUAGAAAAAAAGAUCCACUCUCGUUUAGAGUUUAGGCCCUACUCGAGCCACUUCUCACUAGUUGAUUCAUUGUUCGUAGGGGGGAGGGGGGGCAAUCCAAAGUAAUUACCCUGAAACCAAUUGAUAUUUUAAACAGCAGUUGUAUUUAGAAUCCUUGGUUGCUUGCCAAUAAUUCUACCUCGAUGUGAAAAGUACGUAAAAAUGCGCAUUUUGAUAUAAUACUAUUCAUUGUACCCAGUACCUCAUUGAUAUAGAUCUUUGGCAACUUUUUAGAUUUGAUUUACAAGUCCUAUCCCUCCUAUCUUAGUCAAUGUACUGAUAAUAAUUGUUUACUUGACUGAGGACCAUAACAUAUGUAAUAAUGACGCUUAACUUAUUCAAUAUUUCUAUUCCAGUAUUGUUAUCAGAUUUGGGUGAAUUUUGAGGGUAUUAAUUAAUACAGAGUGUGUUUAUGUUGUAAUUUAAAUUAAUUAUCUUUCGAUUGGAAUAGAUACAUUUGAAAUACAUAAAUUACAAUGGGCAACGAGUCAUGCUUGA